AUGGCGAGCGGGAGCGGCGGCGCUGCGGCGCGGAUGGACCCGGAAGCGGCAACGGAGCUGGUGCGGAAGGGUGCCACCCUCCUCCUCCUCGACGUCCCCCAGCGCACCCUCUUCGGAAUCGACACCCAGGUCGAUGUUCUCUGUUGGGCCCAAGUUCAAAGGGAUGAAGAUGGUGCCCCCGGGGCCCAUUUCGUUUACUACUGCUCUCCAAACAGGCAUGGGAAUGAGUUUGCACCUACUGUCGGAUUCUUUCUUACUACACACCCAUCUGAGGUGAUUGUUCGAAAGUGGGAUGUACAAGAGGAACGGCUAAUCAAAUUGUCAGAAGAAGAGGAUAUCAGAUACUCAGAAGCUGUAAGACGUUUUGAAUUUGAUGAUCAGCUUGGACCAUACAAUUUGGAUUCUUAUGGAGAUUGGAAACAACUUUCAAACUACUUGUCACCGAAUGUCAUUGAUCGUCUUGAACCAAUUGGAGGAGAAAUCACAAUUGCGUGGGAGUCAUCAUGGUUGGAUAGAGCCCCCCAAAGUGACAUGGAGAGACGUUUGGUCGAACAACUAAGAGAAGUAAAGUUUGCAAAGAAUGCUCCUGUGCCGUCUGAGCGGAGAGGAUGCUACUACACAAGUAUCCCUGCUUCAGUUAAGCAUAAGGACAUCUCUGGGGGUGACUUGACGGCUCUGAACUUGGACAAAACAAGUUUGCUGGAGAUUGUUUUGACCAAAAAUUAUGAAGGUGAAGAAGAUCUAUUCCUGGGGGAGCUUCAGUUUGCUUUCAUAGCUUUUAUGAUGGGUCAGUCACUGGAGGCUUUUAUGCAGUGGAAAGCACUAGUCAGUCUUCUUUUGAGCUGCAGUGAAGCUCCCCUUCAUACAAGGACUAACAUGUUUAUAAAGUUUAUAAGGACAUUAUACUAUCAACUCAAGCAUGGCUUUCGACAUACCCAAGAUUCCAAAAGUGGGGAUAUGGGCAAUUCUCUGUGUUUGGAUGAAGCAUGGUUUUCAAGAGACAUAUUCCUGUACCGUCUUUCCAAGGAUUUCUUUACAGUUGUAUUUGAAGCCCCAGUCGUGGAUGGAGACCUUCUGUCAUGGGCUAGAAAACUAAAAUCGCUUCUGGAGACUACAUUUGGGUGGGAUCUUGAGGACAAUGCAGUGAACCUUAUUGAUGAAGAUGAUGAGUUUGCUCCUGUGGUUGUGGAAAUGGAUGGAUCAUAG